AUGACAGCGGCAAGUCCUCAUCGUACUCUGAUCGUCGACUUUUACAAGCGAGGUUUAAGCACAGGAGACAUUUCUAAACGACUCGGAGUGCACCGAAACACGGUUUUCGCGACCAUCCGUCGUUUCAACCAGCUUGGCCACCUCAAGGACCGUACGGGAAGAGGAAGACCGAGGACUGUAAGAACUCCAGCGAAAGUCAAGGCCGUCCGGGAGAAAGUCAGGCGAAAUGCUCAUCGUUCCAUGAAAAAGAU